ACUGAUUCACCUGUACUCGACAACCUCCGCGUGGUCUUCGCCGGCAGCGUCACCGGCAACCACGUGUACCCUGCUGUGGCCAUUGCCGAAGGGCUCAAAAUGGCCAACCUCUUCAUUGGCAACCCAAAUAGCAUUGAAAGCGCUGCAAUAUACUCUGCAGGAUACAACUUCGGCUCUGUCCCUUCCCAUAGCCACCACAACCUCAUCUUCUCCCCUUACCGUUUGGUGAAGUCUCUGAUCCAAUGCUUUCGCCAUCUCAGAGAUUUCAAACCCCAUGUUGUUGUUGCUGGUAGCUAUGUCUCUUUCCCCAUUUGCCUCGCUGCUAAGCUCGAAGGCAUAAAGCUUGUCAUCCAUGAACCCAACUCUGUCCCUGGUCUGGCCAACUCUGUUCCUUCCCUUUUUGCUGAUGUGAUUUUUGUUGCUUUUAGCUCAGCCAUUGAUAGAUUCCCGAGGAACAAGUGUGUGGUUUGUGGAAACCCAGUGAGGUUGUCACUCAUGAACCCUGUUUCAAAGAUGAAUGCAAGGUCACAUUUUUUUCAAGGUUAUGAGAAGACAAGUGAUUCUAAGGCCAAGGUUUUGUUAAUUCUUGGUGGGUCUUUUGGGGCUAAUACUGUUAACAUUGCAAUGCUGAAUUUGUAUUAUCACAUGCUGAGACAGAAUAAUAGCUUGUAUAUUAUAUGGCAAACUGGGGUUGAAGCAUAUGAUGAAAUGGACAGCCUAGUUAAAAAUCAUCCACGCUUGUAUAUGGCAUCGUUCAUGCAUUGUAUGGAUUUGGCAUAUGCAGCUGCAGACUUGAUUGUUUCUAGAGCAGGUGCAGUGACUUGCUAUGAAAUAUUAGCGACUGGGAAACCGUCUAUCCUGAUACCAUCACCAAAUUUCUCUGAGGGGAAUCAGUUCAGAAAUGCUUCCUUGAUGGCAGGCUUAGCUGGUGUGACGGUUAUAACUGAGGAUGAGCUUGACUCAAGUACACUAGCAAUUGCAAUUGAAGAAAUUUUAAGUAUACGGGACGAGAAGAAGAUGGAAGAUAUGACUGAGAGGGCUCUGAAAGCUGCAGACACCAAUGCCUCUGCUGAAAUUGCAAAACACAUUCUUUCUCUUGUAAAUCUAUCAACAAUAAAGGAAGAAAUGGCUCCAAAGUAG